UGCUUUUAGGUUACCAGUAUGUUAUAAUGGACAUGAACGUUGCUUUCAGAGAACAAGACUUUCUUCAACGAGAGGAAUAUUACAUUCAGCAACAUGAAGAGAAGGACCAGGAAUAUAAUGCCCUGUUGAAAAUACUAAAAGAUAGGGUGAUCCUCCUUGAACAAAAUCUGAUGGAGACACAGCAUGUUGCAGGCCUUCCUGUUAGUCUGCCAUAUGAUGAUACUAUCAGGGUGUCCACACCACAGAUCAACAAGAAGUAUCAAUUAUCAGCAGACAACAGAAAAGUAAGGAAGCUGGAGGUGGAUGUGUCAGAUUGUGAAUCAUCUGAUUCAGACCUCAAUAAGUAUGAAAUCAGCCCAAGUGAGGAAGACUCAAACAGUACAAAGAUGGCCACAAUGGAAAGACGGCUGUGUCCAGAAGAGGCUUUCAAAGCCAUGCCUCAAACAGAACUCUUAGACAGCAGUCUAGCCAAAGCUAAAGCUGAAUUAGCGAGUAAAGGUAGCCUUGCUAAUAGACAGCCUCCAUCUCUGAAAAAACAAUCCAGCAUUAGUAGCACAGAAGGAGGGCCAACUUAUCCAGCUGAGCUUGAGAGUUCUGGUAGUGAAGAAGACAUUUUAAGAUCAAAAAUCGACUUGAAAUCUGAUCAAAACAACCUUCUUGAAGGGUCCAAAAUAAUCCAUCAGAAUGGUAUACGAGAGGAAGUCCACAGUCACCCUGUUAUGGCAAAGGAAGUAUCUUCAGGUGAAACCAGUCCAGUCACAAAGUUGCCUGCUCACUCACUUAGCUUCACAGAAGAAGUUAAAGCUGCAGUUCGGGAGAGACAGGCAAAAAUGAGACAGAAAAUGGAACAUGAGAUCCAAAUGGUCCAGCAUAGGAACAUGGAGAACAACCUUCAGAGGCAAGUGAGACAGCAACAUCAUGUGGAGAGUUCCACGGCCAAUACCAACCUUCGAACACAACCUGCACAGUAUUCCUCCAAACCAACGGGUCUUCCGUCUACAUCACCUGUAGUUGCUAGCAGUGGUGGUGGUGGCAUGACUCAGAAACAUGUCACCUCAAUAGCAGGUGGUGUAAAACAUGGUGCUGCUCCAUCUAGUAGGAUUCCAAUUACUGGACAGUUGGGGCAGAAACAUGCUUCAGACAUGACAGGUCAGGCACGGGUUUUGUCACCAAGCCCUGGACCUGUCAGUUCUACCGUACAAAAACUGCCUGGUCAGCGGAAAGAUGGUAUAGUAUUACUUUCACAACGCUCCAUCGAUUCCUCUACUGCCACCUCCCAAAAAAAAACAGAAUCAAAACAAUGGAGUUCACCAAGAAGUGGAGAAGAAAGUUUGCCAAAGGUACCUAGCACAGACUCAUUAUCUGACUAUGGGGAAGAAGGUAUACAACAGACAAGUGGUGGAGAGAGAAGCCGCAAGGCUUAUCAGUGGCAAGGAGGGCCUGUCCACCAAUGGACAUCCAGUCAAGUGGGACAGUGGUUGUUGGCUCUUGGCAUGGACCAGCAUAUUUGCAAGUUCACCGAAAAUGAUAUAAAUGGGCAGCUAUUACUACAGAUAGAUAGUACCCGAUUAAAAUCACUAGGAGUGAGUAAUAGCUCUGACCGUUCUCUCAUCAAGAAAAAGGUCAAAGAAAUGAGAACUCUUUUGGAAAAAGAAAGAAAAGCUCAAGAGAAAGAACAACGUGCACGUGACCGACAACAAAAAAAAGCGGGGAAGAUUUCCAAGAAGAAACAAAAAGAUGAAAGCUCCUCCUAAAAAUAUUUUUUUUGUUUAGUUUGUAUAAUAGAGAUUCAAGAAAAUUAUAUAAGUGAUGGUAGCUUAUGAAAAACUCCAAAUAAUAAAACCCCAAAAAGUAUGGUAAUAAACUGACAGUUGCCAUUACAUUUAUGUCAACCAGCUACUUUUAUGCAAAUAUAAAAAGAUAAAUCAAGAAAAAAGUAUCAGGUGAUGUUUAAUGGCUGAAAUAUUCCCUGUUUAUCUUCGUUUCUUGGUUCUGUGUUUUAAUAUUAGUAAAAUCUUAUUUCUGUUGUGGAUUAAUAGAACAGAACAGUACCAAUGUGAUAUAUAGUUAUAGAAGUGUGCAUUGAAGAUGAAAACACUGCAUUAUUUACAGGUAAAAAUACCUACAUCAGAUGCUAUCAGAAUUUUUUACUUUUAUUAUUUUCGUUCUUUUAACUUAUGAUGAUCAUGGAUAAGCCAGUUUGGCCUCUUAGUUAUGCGUUAAUUGAGUCAAAACUUUUAGAUUUUUAUUCAGUGCAUGUUACAAGUUUGGAAAAUUAUAAAGUUGUUUUGGUGAUAAAUUUUGUAGCGGAGUCAAGAAAGAAGUAAUGGAAUAGUAAAUUAUGUGUUGUUGUUAAUAACAAAGUAUUGGGCACUGUCAUGAAAGCUGCUAGUAAUCUUAGUUAUAAUGGAAUAGUAAAUUGUGUGUUGUUGUUAAUAACAAAGUAUCGGGCACUGUCAUGAAAGCUGCUAGUAAUCUUAGUUAUAAUGGAAUAGUAAAUUGUGUGUUGUUGUUAAUAACAAAGUAUUGGGCACUGUCAUGAAAGCUGCUAGUAAUCUUAGUUAUAAUGGAAUAGUAAAUUGUGUGUUGUUAAUAACAAAGUAUCGGGCACUGUCAUGAAAGCUGCUAGUAAUCUUAGUUAUAAUGGAAUAGUAAAUUGUGUGUUGUUAAUAACAAAGUAUCGGGCACUGUCAUGAAAGCUGCUAGUAAUCUUAGUUAUUUACAAAUUUACUUGUUUGUUGUAACUUGUAUGUGCCAUACAGAUGUGGUGAAUUUCCCUUACACUAAAUUUUUCAUUGUAAAGUACACUGAUCAGUAUUUUAAGUUAUCAGUAAGUAUUUAUCUGUACUGAUGCUUUUACACCCACUUAAUUUACUUGUUUUAUUCAUAUUCAAGUUGUAAAUAUUGAUGAUCAUGAAUUUUAUUAUUUUUCUGUAUUUUAUAUUGCAAAGUUGAAUGUUCAGCAUAAAAUGUAUUCAACUACAGAACUAUGAAAAUUACGUCAAAAUAAUUUAUGCAACUUAUUUUACAUUUUGAAAGUGUAGAAUGUUUUAGCAAAAGUCAUCUUUCAUGGGGGAAAAAUGAACAUGGUGAACAAAGAUGUAAAUUAUGAAAAGAAAACUUAUUUAAAAAAGAAACAAGUUAGUAUAUUUACAACAUAAACUUUUCUCAUAUUAAGUUGAUUUCAUAAAAAUUCGUUUAUUAUUUAAAGAAAAAACUUGAAAUACCAAAAUUUGGAAAUUACCUACAAUUGGCAUAUACUAAAUUCUUAUUUAAAGAAAAAAAUUUUUUAAUUGAUAACGUGGCAGCUUGUCGAAAUAGAGAACCAAAACACUGAUGAUGGAGCAAAACAUGGAUUUUGUUUUCCUGAUUAUUGUCGUGCAUAUGUAUUGACUGUGAAUUUUUUUUUUCAGGAAGUGCUUAUUUUUUUAUAUAUAUAUAUAUAUAUAU